GUUCUAUAUUUAUGAAGUGAAGGAACUUUCUUAACUCCUUCAAUUGGACACCAUCAUAUAAUGACAAACCUUCUACUACAUAUUGAUUAUCUUACACACCCUUAGGCAUAUUCAGAAACACACUUCCUUUUUUGUGAAAAUAGUUGAAACAAAAAACCAAAAGUGUGUUAGAUCAGGAAAUGGGAAGAGGGAGAGUGGAGCUAAAAAGAAUAGAGAACAAAAUCAACAGACAAGUGGCUUUCUCUAAGAGGAGAAAUGGGCUGCUCAAGAAAGCUUAUGAGCUGUCUAUUCUCUGUGAUGCCGAGGUUGCCCUAAUCAUCUUCUCCAGCAGGGGAAAGCUUUAUGAAUUUGGUAGCAACAGUAUGACACAGACUCUUGACCGGUACCAACAUUGCUGCUUUAAUCCUCAAGAUAAUUGCGGGGAAAAAGAAACACAGAGCUGGUUCCAUGAGGUCGCCAAAUUAAAGGCCAAGUAUGAAUCUCUACAGAGAACUCAGAGGCACUUGUUAGGAGAAGAUCUUGGCCCACUAAGUGUUAAGGAAUUGCAGAAUCUUGAAAAACAAGUUGAAGGAGCCCUUGUUCAGGCUAGGCAAAGGAAGACCCAGAUUUUAAUGGAACAAAUGGAGGAGCUCCGCACAAAGGUCGUUCCGUUUGACCCAAAAAAAGCAGGGUUAGUGCCUUUUAUUGGCAGUCCGUUUAAAUUUGGACUUUUCAGGCUCUGACCGUUUAGCCCGAAGCCCACUAGGGCUAGUCCGUUUACUUUGGGUUGAGUGGUGUAUAUGUUUUUUGAACAGUAAGGAAUAUGUCUCAUGAUUUCUUAUAUAUUACAAUUUUGCUAUUCUACUUCACAUGUAAUUAUGAGUUA